CGACGUCACCUUGCUGUCAGGGAUUCUAAAGAUGGCGACGGAAGGGACGAUGCACCUCCACCGCAUCUCUGCGUCUUUGGCCGUUUUCCUCGGUUUAUUAAGCUUAUUAAACACGGGGAAUUGCGAUGAACAGGUGCCGCUUAUUCUGUGGACAAGCGAGGGGAUCUCCCUACCAAGCCAGUCCCCUCCUACAGCCGGUCACAUCGUCGAGCAGCAGCAGCUGGCCUCUUACCUGGAGAAAGCUGUGAACGUCGGCCCAAGAAAUGUAGUGCUGUUCCUUCAGGACAAGGUACACACAUUUUAAAUGCUCUAUUCUUAU